AUGGACCUGGUGGGAUCCUUGCUCGUGAGCAUGGCACGUCUGCUUGACCCCUCCGGGCUCCAUUUCUUGGGCUGGCUCGUCACCGCGGGCUCCAUUGCUCUCGCCGCGCUCAUCUACGCUCUCCUCAGGCUGCAGCGCGAGGCGGCGCUGUACUGGACCAAGGCGGCCAGGGAGAAGCGCGCCGCGUGGAGAUCGCGGUGCCCGAGCUCCUGCCACUCGUGGUCCGAGGACCACUUCCACGGUGGCCAGCCAUCGACGUGCUGCGUUUGCCUGUCGUCCCUCGGCUCCACGCAGGGCGUCGACGACGUGGUUCACCGCUGCUCUGUUUGCGGCGUGGCGGCGCACUCACACUGCUCUCCCUGCGCUGAGAAGGACUGCAAGUGCGUUGCGCAGGCUGGCGCUUCGCCCUUGCUGCAUCACUGGUCUGAGAGGUGGGUCGAGCUGGACGACAACCCGGAGAUAUCCUCCUUCUGCUACUACUGCGAUGAGCCGUGCGGUGUGCCUUUCCUUGGUGUCUCUCCUAUAUGGCGCUGCCUGUGGUGCCAGCGGCAGAUCCAUGUUGAUUGUCAUGCGAAGCUGUUGAAGGAAACCACGAACACUUGUGAUCUUGGCCUUCUCAGGAGGCUUAUUGUUCCUCCCCAAUCAGUGAAAGAAGUUGGUCAAGGUUCAGGAAUUAGCGGAAUGCUCAACUCAAUCAAGGAUGGGUUUGCCAAUUCAACAGCUGGGAGUCGUAGGAGGCCACGCAACAAGAAACGCAUGAAUAACCAUCCUGGUGGCAAGACAAAUUCCUUUCCCGCAAAAUGCUCAGUCCUUGAUUCAGUGCUUGAUGGAUUUGCUAGAUUGAAGGGCCUGGAUGGAAAGUAUGCACUGGCAAAGCCUUUAUCUCAAAAUUCUCUAAAGCAAACAUAUCGAUCUGGUAUUCCUAAUGAACGAGUGAGAAAGUAUGAACUUGUUGAUUUGCCACAAGAUUCAAGACCACUGCUGGUAUUCAUCAAUGGCAAGAGUGGAGGCCGAAAUGGACCUUCUCUUAGAAGAAGGCUGAACAUGUUGUUGAAUCCAAUACAGAUAUUUGAGCUAAGUGCUUCUCAAGGACCUGAAGUUGGAUUACAACUAUUCCACAAUGUAAAACACUUCAGAAUCCUUGUUUCUGGUGGGGAUGGAACUGUUGCCUGGGUUCUUGAUGCCAUUGAAAAGCAGAACUACGAAUCUCCUCCCCCUGUCUCCAUUCUUCCUCUCGGAACUGGAAAUGAUCUAUCGCGUGUUAUGCGCUGGGGAGGGGGUUUAUCUUCUGUUGAGCGACAAGGAGGAAUAUACGCACUUCUGAAUGAUGUUGACCAUGCAGCUGUAACAGUGCUUGAUCGCUGGAAUGUAGCCAUCAAAGAGAAGAAUGGAACAGGAGGUCAAUGCACCAAGCAAGUAAAAUUUAUGACGAAUUAUUUAGGUAUCGGAUGUGAUGCAAAGGUUGCUUAUGACUUCCACACCACUAGGGAGGAAAAACCAGAUCAAUUUUGCAGUCAGUUUGUCAACAAGCUGAUAUAUGCUAGAGAGGGCGCAAAGGAUAUGAUGGAUAGAUCAUGUUCUGAUUUACCAUGGCAUGUUAGCCUUGAAGUUGAUGGGGAGAACAUUGAAAUUCCGGAGGAUGCAGAAGGUGUGAUUGUAAUGAAUAUCCCUAGCUACAUGGGUGGUGUUGAUCUGUGGCAAAACGACAAUGACCAUGAUGAUGAUUUCAGUUUGCAAUCAAUCCAUGACAAAAUACUUGAGGUGGUUUGCAUAUCGGGAACAUGGCAUCUAGGCAAACUGCAGGUCGGACUUUCAAGGGCACACCGGUUAGCCCAAGGAAAAGUUAUAAGAUUGCACCUCCACAGUUCAUUCCCUGUCCAGGUUGAUGGUGAACCAUGGAUCCAGCCACCUGGGUGCCUUGAGAUAUCUCAUCGUGGACAGAUGUUCAUGCUGCGGAGGACAUCUGAGGAGCCUACUGGGCAUGCUGCCGCAAUAAUGAGUGAGGUCCUUGUGAAUGCAGAGUGCAAUGGUGUGAUUGACGCGUCUCAGAAGAGAUUGCUUCUCCACGAGAUAGCACUCCGUUUAUCCUCCUGA